AUGGCCCAGGUCGAGGUGAAGAUCGCUCUCUGGUUGAAGGGGCAUGGCAAAUCUCUCUUAAGUACGCCGUACCUGCGCGGAAAGAUCGCUGCGAUCAUGCAAACGUCGUCGACCAGUGUGCCGAGCCCAGCGACAGCAACGGCUGCUGCAGCGUUGUCGACGCUGAAUGUUCCAAAUGCCAAAGCAAUCGGGCUCUUCAACAAAAUAUCGGGCGGGCGCAAGCCUGGCACGUCUACUCUUGGGGUGCCUAUCAACACUCCGACGGUCACACAGGGAGGGAGUGGCAUUGCCGUGGUCCGACCCAACGAGCGCACUACUACUGCCUUGGCCGACAACCACUUUCCAGACUUUUUCCAAUCCGUGAAACACACAAAGCCACAAAAGAAAAAGCACGCAUCGCACACGACGACGACACGUGGUCCCAACACCGUCAGGUGGACCGGCAACAAUGAUGCGCAGCCGCAGCAACCGCCGACGGGGCCGCCCAAUACGAGUCGGCACCAACCAACUGCAGCAUCCAUUGGUAGCACUACACGGCGGCAAACCACGAUCGUGGACAAGUCCAAGGUUGCCUUGAAGCUCGACACGUGGAAAGAUGUCAAGAACUCAUCGAGUGCGGACCAAGCCAAGUUGAUUCAACAAGGCGGCCGGUCCAUGGCCGUCCCGGAGCGACCAUCGACAGCAGGAGGCACCCAGCAGACUAUGUCGUCUGGUCCAGCACCCAACAACUCGGCCAGCUCUUCCGACCCGAAACCCACAACCAUCAAAGGCUAUGUCCGCGCCACCCAUGACCGCGUCACGGUCCACGCAGAACUCAGCGCCAACCCCAACGAUGCAAAGCGACUCCACCCAUCGUCGUCGACUCCACACCCGGCCAAACAGCAGCACUCGUUCAGUCUUCACGACUCCCGCGCACCACCCGCUGACACUUCGAACACCGCUUCCAAACCCGAGCCCGCCAUGUCGAUUGUGCACACGGUGGAUCCCGCGACGAAAGCAACAAAUCGACGGGCGUCCGUAGACAAGGACGUCGAUACCUCCGACGUAUGUUUUGGCGAAACCCCAGACAUCCCUGGCGUCCCGGUCGUGUACCGCAACGAGCGUGCGAAAGCGGCCAACCCAGAGCGCUUGAACCUGGACCGGCGGGCGCUCAAGGUCGUGCCAUUGCUGGAAGGCGAGCACAUCCUGCGGCUGCUCAACCUGCAAAACAACUCGAUCACAGCCAUCGACAACCUGCACGGGCUCCCGAAUCUGAUCUUUCUCGACUUGUACAACAACAAAAUCGAGAAAAUCGACAAUCUCCACGUCGUGCCCAACCUGCGCGUGCUCAUGCUGGGCAAAAACAAGCUCAAGACGAUCGAAAACUUAGCGUGUUUGGCAAAACUGGACGUUCUCGAUCUGCAUAGCAACGAAAUCGACAAAAUCGAGUGCCUCGACCAGCUCAACGAACUCCGCGUGCUCAAUCUCGCCGGCAAUCGCAUCACCGUGUUGGAAAAUAUCAGCUCGCUCACGCUACUGACUGAACUCAACCUCCGCCGCAACUUCAUCGAUGUCAUAUCGCCGACUUCGCUCGGCCGCCUCCCCACGCUGCAGCGCCUCUUUCUCUCCAACAACAAACUUCCGUCGAAAGACAGCUUGCAGCCGUUGUUUCAGCUCGUGGCCCUCACGGAGCUCCGUCUCGAUGGCAACAAAUUUAACGAAGUCGAGAGCCCCGACUACCGCCCUCUCAUGAUCCAGAAUUUUGUGUCGCUGCGCAACUUGGACUUGAAGGCCGUCACCGAAGACGAGCGGCGCGAAGCAUUUAGCCUGAGUCAAAAGGCCAACGAGAAGCGGCGAGAACAACAACGGGAAGAGAACCAAGAAGCACAACGUGUGCGAGCUAUCACUGCCGUCCGCAAAAAGUGGGAGGAAAAAUUCGACAUGGACGUCGUGGCUGUGGCGCCCGAGUUUGACGACCCGUGGGCCAACCACCCUGCCGACAAACACGUAAACAUGAAGCGCCUCUUGGCUGCCACUGCCGCCAUGAACGUGGGUCAGAUCCAAAUUGGGUUUUCCGAGGUCGAAGUGUCGGACGAGUCGCGGACGUUGUUCGUGUACGGAGACGCACUGGAGGCGCUCGAGAGCACCAAGAUUCACAACAUCGUGACCGCUAUCGUCUUCAAGUACAUUCCGUUCGACGCGAUUGCCCAGGCCGUGACAUCGUCGCCCCAAACGUCAACGUCGAACUUGAACAACAGUGGCGUCGGCGCUGGUGGCGGCUUGUACCUCCAGAGCUUCACCGCGCUGAAACACGUCCACUUUGCAUACAACCAAUUGACAUCGCUCGACCAGCUGCACUGGUUGGCAGGUCUGGGUUCGCGAGCGGAAGAGGUGACUAUCUCGCACAACCCGGUGUGCCACAUGCGCCUCUUGCGGCCAUUCGUGAGCCACGUGCUGAAGAACGUCCAAGUGUUGAACGGCCAGCCCCUGUCGCUCGAAAACCAGCUCAUGGGCGAGCACUUCUUUGAUGCGGGCUUGGCGACGUCGGCAUUCACGACAGCGACGUCGCGGAAAGGGCCGCCACCCCCUCUCGCUCCACAACCGCAGGCACAAAUGGCCCGUCAAGGCAGCAUCGCCGACCGGACGACGAAUGCACUGAUUAACAGGUACUUGACGGAAGCGACUCGCGUCGACGCGCAGCUCAAGUACAUGAACGACAAGUGGCACGCGAUGGUGUACGACAUUAUCAAGGAGACGCUCGAGGAAGUCGACGACAUGGACAAGUACAUGUCGAAGUGCCUCGAUCGGUUGUGACUGUCCCUUCAAGACGUCGGGCUGAGGAUGGGGUAUCGUAAUAUAUAGACAACUCGAGACCAAGUUACUCCGUUUCCA